AUGCGUCAUCCAGAUGGUGAUCAGAUUGCUAUGCUAGAUUGGUCUCAUGAUUUCACCAUAGAAGAAGAAGGACAUAUAUCUAGUUCAAAUUCAACUAUUAAUGUCCAAUUCAAUCGUCGUAAAAAUCCUCGUCUUCUCACAAAAACUAUAGUUGAUGAUUCUCAAAAACAUCUCCUUCCAAUCAUUGACUAUGUUCUAGAACCUCUUCUUCCUCUGCGGGAUGCAUGUUUACCUUUAUCUUCGAUCGUUUCUGAUGUGGCAAGUUACAUAGAAACUGCCCUUGAAAAAUGUCGACAACCAAAAGAUGGUCUUACACAAGACGAAUUAGCAGCAAUCUAUCUCUAUACAAUGGAAUGGAAUAACGAAAAAAGUAGUCUUUACAGUAUUUUAAAUAAAAUCCUCAGAAAUACAUCUGAUCGAGAACAACUUCGACCGUGGUACUUAUAUUUAAAACUUUUCUUAACUGCUCUGGCUAAAUUACCUUUUGCUCCAGCUCAAGUUGUUUGGCGUGGUGUGAAAAGAAAUAUUAGUGCAGACUUUUCUCCUGGUUCUCAAGUAGUAUGGUGGUCUUUUUCAUCAUGUACUACUUCACUUCAAGUGCUUGAAUCAGACCUUUAUUUGGGUGCUGCUGGUGAAAGAACAUUAUUUUCAAUUGAAACAAUCAAUGGAAAAUCAAUCGAGUCCUAUUCAGCUUUUGAUACUGAAGAUGAAAUACUUCUUCUUCCUGGUACAUACAUGGAAGUUCAAUCACAAUUACAUCCAGCAUCAGAUCUUUAUAUAAUUCAUUUGAAACAGAAAAUACCUCAAGAAAUUCUACUUGCACCUCCUUUCAACGGUAUCUCUUAUUGA